AUGCGCAGUACUUCAAGAGAAAUGUGUUUGAAUAAAACUUUUAAUCGUAAAACUCAACAUAAACAACAACAAGGAAAAUUGUGUGUAGAAGCGCUUAACAUAUCCUUCCUACAUUCUCCACCCACGCAAUAUUCAUGUUUAAGAAGAGAAGAAUUAGUGAUGCAUGAAACCGCAAUUUCUUGA